AUGGUGGAGGAGGCGGCGGUUGCUGCGGGCGGCGGGCGAGGCGGCGGCGGCAUCAGCGAGGAGGAGGCCGCGCAGUACGACCGCCAGAUCCGCUUGUGGGGGCUGGAGGCGCAGAAGCGGCUGCGGGCAUCUCGGGUGCUGCUGGUGGGCAUGAAAGGCCUGGGAGCGGAAGUGGCCAAGAACCUCAUCCUGGCAGGGGUCAAGGCCCUGACCAUGCUUGACCAUCAGCAGGUGUCCCCAGAAGACACCCAGACCCAGUUCCUGAUCCCUCUGGGCUCUGUAGGCAAGAACAGGGCCGAAGCCUGUCUGGAGCGGGCGCGGGACCUUAACCCCAUGGUUGAUGUGAAAGCAGACCAGGAGAAUGUGAACCAGAAGCCUGAGGAGUUCUUCACCCACUUUGACGUGGUCUGUCUGACAUGCUGCUCCCAGGAGGUCUUGAUGAAGGUUGACCAAAUAUGCCACAAAAACGGCAUCAAGUUCUUCGCGGGCGAUGUCUUCGGCUACCAUGGCUAUAUGUUUGCCGACCUGGGCGAGCACGAAUUCGUGGAAGAGAAAACUAAGCCUGCCAAAGCCAGCCAGGCUACGGAGGACGGGCCUGACGCCAAGAAGGCCAAGCUGAACUUCAUGGAAACCACCAUGGUGAAGAAGCGCGUGGUUUUCUGCCUCUUGAAGGAGGCUUUUGGUAUCAACUGGAGCACCGAGAAGGGCCAGGCGACCCUGAAGCGCACCACGCCGGACUACUUCUUGCUGCGAGUGCUGCUGAAAUUCCGGUCAGAAAAGGGUCGUGAUCCUUCACCUCAGGGCUAUGCUGAAGAGUCUGAGAUGCUUCUGCAGACGCGCACGGGUGUGCUGGAGUCCCUGGGCGUUGGCGUUGACCUGCUACCAGACGACUUUGCCAGCUGCUGCUUCUCGGAAAUGGCUUCUGUCUGUGCUGUGGUUGGAGGAGUGCUGGGCCAGGAAAUCGUCAAGGCGCUGUCACAGCGGGACACGCCCCUCAACAACUUCUUCUUUUUUGAUGGCAUGAAGGGCAACGGGAUUGUGGAGUGCCUGGCCCCCAGCUGACACCCACG